CCGCUGGAUCCAGGUCGGCGGGGGCCGGCGCCCGGCGGCCACGUGGUGGUGCUGCGGCUGCCCCCGCCCGGCGGGCUGCGCCCGGGAGCCGCGGCGCCCACUGACCCGGCGGCGGGGAGGAGGGACCGAGCGCAGGAAGCCGAGGAGGAAGCGAGCCCGGCAGCCGCGCUUUCCUGGGGAAGCGGCGGGCGGGGCGGCGCGGCCAGUGGGGCCGGGAGCUGCGGCCGCCGCCUGGAUGCGGUGUUGACAAAUCUCCUAGGACUUUGGAAGGCUGAGUGGACUAACCAUGAAGAGCCUGAAAGCGAAGUUCAGGAAGAGUGAUACCAAUGAAUGGAACAAGAAUGAUGACCGACUGCUGCAGGCUGUGGAGAACGGAGAUGCCGAAAAAGUGCUGUCCCUGCUGGGCAAGAAGGGGGCCAGUGCCACCAAGCACGACAGCGAGGGCAAGACAGCUUUUCAUCUUGCUGCUGCGAAAGGACAAGUGGAAUGCCUCAGGGUCAUGAUUAUACACGGUGUGGAUGUGACCGCCCAAGAUACUACUGGACACAACGCUUUACAUAUUGCAGCCAAGAACAGCCACCCUGAGUGCAUGAAAAAGCUCCUUCAGGCCAAAUGCCCGGCUGAGAGCACCGACAGCACUGGGAAAACAGCUUUGCACUACGCCGCGGCCCAGGGCUGCCUUCAAGCUGUCCACAUGCUCUGCGAGAACAAGAGCCCAGUAAACCUUAAGGACUUGGAUGGGAAUAUACCACUGCUUCUUGCAGUACUAAAUGGCCACAGUGAGGUCUGUCACUUUCUUCUGGAUCAUGGAGCAGAUGUCAACUCCAGGGACAAAAGUGGAAGAACCCCUCUCAUGCUGGCUUGUGAAACUGGCAGCUCUAACAUUGUGGAAGCCUUAAUUAAGAAGGGUGCAGACCUAAAUCUCAUAGAUUCUCUUGGACACAAUGCCUUACAUUAUUCCAAACUCUCAGAAAAUGCAGGAAUUCAACGCCUUCUAUUAUCAAAAAUCUCUCAGGAUACUGAUUUAAAGACCUCCAAAAAACCAAAGAAGUUGAGUGAUGUGUCUUCCCCAAGAUCAAUAACUUCCACACCACUUUCGGGAAAGGAAUCAGUAUUUUUUGCUGAAGCACCAUUCAAGGCUGAGAUUAGUUCUAUACAAGAAAACAAAGACAGACUGAGUGACAGCACCACAGGUGCUGAUAGCUUAUUGGAUAUAAGUUCCGAAGCUGACCAACAGGAUCUUCUUGCUCUAUUACAAGCAAAAGUUGCUUCCCUUACCUUACACAACAAGGAGUUACAAGAUAAAUUACAGGCCAGAUCACCCAAGGAAGCAGAAGCAGACCUGAGCUUUGACUCAUUUCAUUCUACCCAGGCUGACCUAGCCCCAUCCCUGGGCAAAUCCAGUGACAUCCCUCCCCCAGAUGCCAAAUCAUCUCCAUCUGUUGUCACACAACCUGUGGAGAAAUCCAGCGCUGACAGUGAUGUCAGAAUUCAGCAACUACAAGAGAUGUUGCAAGAUUUACAGAAGAAGUUGGAGAGUUCUGAAGUAGAAAAGAAACAGCUACAGGCUGAACUCCAGUCCCAAAGGACAGAGCUGGUGUGCUCGAACAACACAGAGAUUUCAGAGAAUGGCUCUGACCUCAGCCAGAAACUUAAAGAAACUCAGAGCAAGUACGAGGAGGCCAUGAAAGAAGUCCUCAGUGUGCAAAAGCAGAUGAAACUAGGUCUCCUCUCUCAAGAGAGUACAAGUGGCUAUUCACAUCUCCGUGAGGGGAGUGUCACUGAUGAAGAGAUUGAUGCUCUAAAGAGGGAUCUACAGAAUGCAUUAGAAGAAAAUAAAAGAUAUAAAGAGCGAGUGAAAGAGUUAGAAGAAAAGCUUCUGGAAAAGGAGAAGGCCGAGGUGACGAAGCCACCUGCAGAAGAGCUUAAGGAGAUGAAAAGCUCAUACUGCUCUGUUAUUGAGAGUAUGAAUAAAGAGAAGACAUUUUUGUUGGAGAAAUACCAACAGGCCCAAGAAGAAAUCUUGACCUUAAAAGAUACACUACAAAGUCAGAUGGCCCAGGAACCCCCUGAUGAAACUGGGGACAUGAAAGAGGCCAUGAACAGGAUGAUAUAUGAACUUAAUAAACAGGUGAAUGAGAUAUCCCAGCUGUACAAAGAAGCCCAGGCUGAGCUGGAGGAUUACAGGAAGAGGAAAUCUCUAGAGGAUGUAACAAUCGAAUAUAUCCCCAAAGCAGAACAUGAGAAACUGAUACAGGUGACAAACAUGUCCAGGGCCAAAGCUGAAGAAGGGCUAUCCGAAAUGAAGUCUCAGUAUUCAAAAGUGUUGAACGAGUUGACCCAACUCAAACAACUCGUGGAUGCCCAUAAAGAAAAUUCUGUGUCCAUCACAGAACAUUUACAGGUGAUAACUACGCUGCGGACAUCUGCGAAAGAGAUGGAAGAACAGAUCAGCAACCUCAAAGAGCAGCUUGCGAGCAAGGAAGUGGAGGUUGCGAAGCUGGAGAAGCAAUUCCUAGAGGAGAAAGCAACUAUGACCGAUGCCAUGGUACCCAGGUCUUCCUAUGAAAAGCUCCAGGCAUCCUUAGAGAAUGAAGUGAGUGUGUUAGCAGCCAAGUUAAAGGAUUCGGUAAAAGAGAAAGAGAAAGUCCAUUCAGAGGUCGCCCAGGUUCGAAAUGAGGUCUCACAAAUGAAAAGGGAAAGGGAGAGCAUUCAGACGCUCUUGAAAUCCAAAGAGCAAGAAAUAAUUGAACUCCUGCAAAAAUCCCAGCAAGCUCAGGAAGAACUAGCUGAAAUGAAAAGAUAUUCCGAGAACUCUUCAAAAGUGGAAGAGGAUAAAGAUAAAAAGAUAAAUGAGAUGACGAAGGAAGUCGCGAACUUGAAGGAGGCCCUGAAUAGCCUCUCACAGCUCUCCUACUCAACAAGCUCAUCCAAAAGGCAGAGCCAGCAGGUGGAGGUGCUGCAGCAGCAGAUCAAACAGCUGCAGAACCAGCUUGCUGACACUAAGAAACAACACCAGGAAGUCAUAUCAGUUUACAGGACACAUCUUCUGUAUGCUGUUCAGGGCCAAAUGGAUGAAGAUGUCCAAAAAGUACUGAAGCAAAUCCUUGCCAUGUAUAAAACCCAGUCCCAGAAGACGUAAAAUGGACUCCUUGGCAGGAGGCUCCCCCUUGUCGCCCCAUCUUUGUGUCACACCUGGAUCCCUUACCCACCACUGUCCUUGUUCUCAUUUAUGAUAUGCACUGUGACCUAGCAUAGCUAUUUCUUUUCCAAAGGUUUCUGUGGACUGGUCCCAGAAGAUACCCUCCUCAGAACUGCUUAGAUUCUUCAGCCCAGCAGAGGUGAAGUCCAGAGCUGGGAUCAGACACACCCAAAUAUUUGUUCCACCCUCCUUGGUAUCUAACCAUCUAAGUGACUUCACCAUCGGGUGAUCUCCUGAGGCCUCCUGUGUGGUGACUGGUGCUUUGAUCUUCGCCCUUGGGCUCUGCCAUUCAGCACAGGAGUUGCCUUCCAGUCCCAAAACAUGAUUUAUUUUCUAACCAAAUUAGGAUGACACUAGUUAUGAAGUCCGUGCUUAAGACUUCUUAUCCUGUGGAUUAAAAACUCUUAAUUUUUUUUUUUUCCCGCUCAGCUGCCUUAUAUCUCAUCACCCUUUUUAUAAGGCUCACAGUUUGAUGAGCACUAUUUCAAAUACAACUAAAAUACAGAGUUAAAACCAAGAGCAAACUGUCCUUUAAAAAAAAUUUUUAAGUACAUCAACAUACUGCAAAUUUUCUAUGCAAACUUGCCUCCUGCUGUUUUCUGUGAAGCUCAGGAAAUCCAAAUAUUUGGUUUCAACAAAGGACAGUAAACUAUGUGUUUACAAGCCAAAACAAAUGCCUCAGAGUUCUUAACCUCAAUUUUUUAAUAGUGUUUUUUUUUUCUCUAUAAUAUUUUCAUUGGCCCAUAAAGAUGUUUUCAUAGCCAAGUCCCUAGAUAAGUGAAAUUACAUUAGAUUAUAUUAAUAAUAUUUUUUUGGUUAACUAUGCUUAAGACUUUUUAAAAAUAUAGCUUUUUCCUCAAAUGUUUUCAGCUAUAGCAAAGGGUAGUUAAUACAUUCCUAACUUCAUCUGAGCUGCCACCAGUAAGAACCCCCAGCACUGUCUGCCGUUGUACUGCCUCAGAACUGCAUUACAUUUCUCAGUAGAGCAAAUCCUCUUUUUACCAGUUGAAUAUUUUUGAAAGUCCCAGCUCUACCAGCACCUAAAAAUUAUCUCUGGAAGGACUGUUAGUUCCAAUCAGUUUUUUCACUUUGAAAAUAAAAGUCCUAAUAGGAUAACAUGUUGCAUAGCAAAAGUCUUGAGAGAAAAUAUUUUGUUGACUCUCCUUUCGGGUUAAAAAUGUUUCUGACUUGCUUACAGCUUCCCUUAAGGCCUUGAUCAUGAGGGAGGUACAUAUAAUACAGAACUUUUAGUGUGUAACUAAAAGUGGAGGCCCACUCUGACAGGGCCCAUAGACUACAGGGCUGCCUGGCCUCAGAGGGCACUUGGCUAAACUGGAUUUGUUAAUCUGUAUUGGAUAAAGACCAAUGACAGCAAAACAAAAAUUGCUUUACGUGGUCUUGUUACUUUUCUUAAACUGUUUAAUUACAGUUAAGCAUUUUGAAAGAUGCUCCAAAGAAAUGUGAAAGGACGUUUUGUCACAGAACUUAAUUACAAAACAACACCCUCAUUUCCCCCUUCUCCCCACACAGAAAUGCUGCAGAGUGAAAAACUUGAGACAUUUUGUAGAAUGCCUGAGAAAAUAUAGCAUUUUAUCUUGUUUCAGGAUGCAUAUUUAUUACAAGUAUUCUGGUUAAAUAUUGAAAAGUUGUAUCUGUAGUUUCGCAUUUUGUCUUUGUAAUUUACAGAAAUUAUUAAAGAAAAUAAAGUUGGUUCAUUUUACA